AUGGAGAAGAGAGAAGUUCAGAUGGAUAAAAUCUCUUGUUCCAUUUGUUUGGAUUUACUGAAGGAUCCAGUGACUAUCCCCUGUGGACACAGCUACUGUAUGAUCUGUAUUAAACAUCACUGGGAUGAAGAAGAUCAGAGGAGAAUCUACAGCUGCCCUCAGUGCCAAAAAGAGUUAACACACAAGCCUGUCCUGAAGAAGAACAUCACUUUGGAUGCUUUGGUGGAGGAUCUGAAGAAGCCUGAACUCCAAGGUGCUCCAGCUGAUCACUGCUAUGCUGGAUUUGAAGAUGUGGCCUGUGAUGUCUGUACUGGGAGGAAGAUGAAAGCUGUCAAGUCCUGCUUAUCAUGUCCAGCUUCUUACUGUGAGGAUCACCUACGACAUCACUAUGAUGCUCCACCAUUAAAAAAACACAAACUGGUGGAUCCCUCCAAGAAUCUCCAAGACAAAAUCUGCUCUCGUCAUGAUGAGGUGAUGAAGAUCUUCUGUCGYACUGAUCAGCAGUGUAUCUGUUAUCUCUGCACUAUGGAUGAACAUAAAGAUCAUGAAACAGUCCCAGCUGMAGCAGAAGUGACUGAGAAGCAGAAGAAGCUCCAGGAGAGUCGACAACAAAUCCAUCAGAGAAUCCAGGACCAAGAGAAAGAUGUGAAGCUGCUUCAACAGGAGGUGGAGGCCAUCAAUGUCUCUGCUGAUAAAGCAGUGGAGGACAGUGAGGAGAUCUUCACUGAGCUGAUCCGUCUCCUCCAGGAAAGAAGCUCUGAGGUGAAGCAGCAGAUCAGAUCCCAGCAGGAAACUGAAGUGAGUCGAGUCAAAGAUGUUCAGGAGAAGCUGGAGCAGGAGAUCAGUGAGCUGAAGAGGAAAGACGCUGAGCUGGAGCAGCUCUCACACACAGAGGAUCACAHCCAGUUUCUCCUCAACUACCCCUCACUGCCAGCACUCAGKGAGUCGACACACUCAUCCAGSRUCAACAUCCGUCCUCUGAGACACUUUGAGGACGUGACAGCAGCUGUGUCAGAGCUCAGAGACAAACUACAGGACAUCCUGAGAGAGACAUGGACAAACAUCAAACUGACGAUUACUGAAGUGGAUGUUUUACUCUUAGAACCAGAACCAAAGACCAGAGCUGAAUUCUUAAUGUGUUCACGAAAAAUCACUAUGGAUCCAAACACGGCACACAGGGAGCUGUUAUUAUCCAAGGAGAACAGAAAAGUAACAAGAAUAAACCAACAUCAGUUUUAUCCAGAUAAUCCAGACAGAUUCACUGAUUGUUCUCAGGUUCUGAGUAGAGACAGACUGACUGGACGAUGUUACUGGGAGGUGGAGAUGAGAGGAGGAGUCUAUGUAGCCGUUUCAUACAAGAACAUAAGCAGAGCAAAAGGAUUUGGAUUCAAUGACAAAUCUUGGUCAUUCUAUUACGACACAAACAGUUACACAUUUCAUCACAAUAGUAUUGAAACUCCUGUACCAGGUCCAGUUUCCUCCAGAGUAGGAGUGUACCUGGACCACAGAGCAGGUAUUCUGUGUUUCUACAGCGUCUCUGAAACCAUGACUCUGAUCCACAGAGUCCAGACCAGAUUCACUCAGCCUCUAUAUGCUGGGAUCUGUGUUUAUUAUGCUUCCUCUGCUGAGUUAAUUGAGCUGAAAUAG